GAAUAAUCAACUAUAUAAACUUUGUUUAAUGUUUGCUCUUAAAGACGUCAAAUUCAAGACAGCUCCAAAAGACUGUUGUUGCUUCAUUUGUCUAAAGAAGAAUUCUUUUCAACAAAAAUUGCUUAAAUACAAACAGUAUAUUCCCUAUCUCUUUGAAUUGCAGGCUGAGCUUCUUCCUAUUAAAGUUCAGACAGUUUUGAUAUUUCAGAGUUGGAAUAGCUUUUAUACGAUCGUAGAUUUUUUCUUUUAUUUUGUGCUUCAUCUUCCCCUGUGGUGUGUAAAAACAUGGUAACUCAAUCACCAAGUGCAACAGAUGACAACUCCAAUACUACCACAGCAAAUGAGAACUCCAUUACCACCACAAUUAUUGAUGAGAAGAGGGCACAGCAGAAGGCCAUAGAUGAUUGGCUUCCGAUCACUUCAUCGAGGAAUGCAAAAUGGUGGUACUCUGCUUUCCACAAUGUCACUGCCAUGGUUGGGGCUGGAGUCCUCAGUCUUCCCUAUGCCAUGGCUGCUCUUGGAUGGGGACCAGGUGUUGUGGUACUGAUACUAUCAUGGUUCAUAACAUUGUACACAUUGUGGCAAAUGGUUGAGAUGCAUGAGAUGGUUCCUGGGAAAAGGUUCGAUCGAUACCAUGAACUUGGACAGCAUGCUUUUGGUGAGAAGCUGGGGCUUUACGUAGUGGUUCCCCAACAGCUGAUUGUUGAGGUUGGAGUCAACAUAGUCUACAUGGUCACUGGAGGCAAGUCUCUCAAGAAAUUCCAUGAACUGGUCUGCAAAGAUUGCACUGAUAUCAAACUCACCUACUUCAUCAUGAUCUUUGCCUCUGUCCACUUUGUGCUUUCCCAUCUUCCCAACUUCAACUCCAUCUCUGGUGUCUCUUUGGCUGCCGCUGUCAUGUCCUUGAGUUACUCUACAAUAGCUUGGACAGCUUCACUCCACAAGGGAGUGAAAAAGGAUGUACAAUAUGGUUACAAAGCCACAACCCCAGCAGGAACAGUGUUCAACUUCUUCACAGCCCUAGGUGAUGUAGCUUUUGCCUAUGCUGGCCACAAUGUGGUGUUGGAGAUCCAAGCAACCAUCCCUUCCACCCCUGAAAAGCCCUCCAAGGGACCCAUGUGGAAAGGAGUGCUCGUAGCCUAUUUCGUCGUUGCUUUGUGCUAUUUCCCAGUCGCUCUCAUUGGGUAUCGGAUGUUUGGAAACCAAGUCGAAGACAACAUUCUCAUCUCACUUGAGAAACCAGCAUGGCUCAUUGCUAUGGCUAACAUGUUUGUUGUCGUCCAUGUCAUCGGAAGCUAUCAGAUAUAUGCAAUGCCAGUGUUCGACAUGAUAGAAGCAGUGUUGGUCACGAAGCUAAAAUUCAAGCCCAGCACAAUGCUUCGCUUAAUUUCACGCAAUAUAUACGUGGCAUUGACAAUGUUCAUCGCCAUUUCAUUCCCCUUCUUUGGCGGCCUCCUCGGAUUUUUUGGGGGAUUUGCAUUCGCACCUACAACAUACUUUCUACCUUGUGUCAUGUGGCUUUCCAUCUACAAACCGAAAAAAUUCAGCUUCUCUUGGUUUGCUAACUGGGUUUGCAUUACACUUGGAAUUCUGUUGAUGAUUCUAUCGCCUAUCGGAGGGCUAAGGAAUAUCAUACUCCAAGCCAGAGACUAUCAUUUCUUCUCUCGAUAGGACAAGAACUAAUCAGGGAUAUAGAACUCAUUAUGUUAUCUCCUCUUCAAUAUAUUGAUUGUGUGCGCUUCUCAUGUUUGUUUUUCCAUUUUAGAUAUGGAACUGUAAAUGAAAAUAAGAUAGUCGACGAGUCGAGUCUAAUAAAAUUAACAAAUUCUAAAAUAAAUUCAAUUAUUUGGUUUUCAAAUCAAUCUCAAAUGAGGUUCAACUAAGAAGAUUAUGAAUUGAAUUUGAGUUCUUCUCUCGAUAGGACAAGAACUAAUCAGAGAUACAGAACUCAUUAUGUUAUCUCCUCUUCAAUAUAUUGAUUGUGUGUGCGCUUCUCAUGUUUGUUUUUCCAUUUUAGAUAUGGAACUGUAAAUGUAAAUAAGAUAGUCGACGAGUCGAGUCUAAUAAAAUUAACAAAUUCUAAAAUAAAUUCAA